UUUACAUUAUAUGAUUUUAUUUUGUAAAUACAAAAUAGUAUUGUAAAUACAAAUAAAAGUGUUUAAUUGCUGAAAAAAGGCAUCAUAUUGUAUCAUAUUCUAAUCCGUCAACGUAACUUACACAUUAUUGAUUUAUAAAAAUACAAAAAAAUGGCAUUGGUUGCUUACGACAAUAGUGAUGGAAGUGAUUAUGAAGAUGAUGAAAAUGAAACCCACGUUGUUACACCUGUUACUUCUUUAAAUCAAGCUUUGAAAGGCUUGCCACCAAAAGAAUCAAACACUGUUGAACAAAACGAUCCCAACGAUGAACAGAAUCUCUUUAAUCAACUGCCAAAACCUACUACUCAGAAAAUUGUAGUCAAUGAGGAAGAUGAUGAAUUUCUUCAUAAAAAGGCAACAAUAAGUGAAGUUGUAAAACCCAAGUCAAGAAUUACAGUACCCUCUUUGAACGAUUUUAAAGAUGUUGAAGAUACAGUUCCAAGUGUGAGACCAAAACCAGCAAAUGGGAAAAAAUCAGGAUUACUUAGUAUGUUACCACAGCCUAAAAAUGGAACUAGCACAUCAUCCAAAAUGUUAAUACCACAUUCAGUUACGAAAAAACCACAAACUGCAUCGGUUAAGAAAAAAGGUCCACUGCCAUCUCCCAUGAAAAAAGCUAAAGUGGAAACAAAGAAUUUGUUAUUAGCAGACUACUCUGAUGAUAGCGAUGAUGAUAUAGAAAAUGACUUUUUCUCAAUUCAUAAGACAGUGGAAUUGCCCCCUGCAGAUGAGCCUUUGGACAUUGACGUCAGUACUGAAACACAGUCAUCAAGUAAAAAGGAACCGAGAAGUAUUGAGUCUUAUUUCAAAAAGGAAGAACCUGUGGAGUUGGAACCCGAAUGUGUAGAACCUGAAUAUAAUGUUAAUCCUGAUGCUUAUCAAAAUGUAGAAGACAGUAAUGUUACAAAUAAUGAAGCUGUGCUGGAUGACGAAGCUAUAUUAAAAUUAUGUGGCACGAGAGGAAAGCGCAAGCGGGAAGAGAUUCAAAUUGUGGAUAUCAACCAACAAGAGGUUCUCAAGGAUGCAAGGGAAAUGUUGCUCAGGGGUCUGAUGGACGAUACUACGAAACGGCAAUCACACAGUAAGAAACGUGGCAACGAACCGACCAGUCAGCAGAAACGGAAACACCAGAUCACAUAUUUGGCACAUCAAGCUAAAGCAAAUGAAGCUGAACUUCAGAACCAAUGGGCAAAUAACAGGAUGACAAAGAGACAGACACAAUCAAAAUAUGGUUUUUAAGUAGAUAAUAAUAUGUAACCUGUUUGUAAAUAAAUUAAACAUUACAUUACA